CACCAAAGCCACAGCCAAUCCAACCCGCCCGCGGUUUUCCUGGGGAGCCACACAUAAUCGUUAAUUUCGACCUGUGUCGGUCUUCGCCGCGAGCGAUCAAAACCACCGAGCUGCCCUCCUGCACCCGGCUCUCCCCUCCCUUUCAUACUCACGCACGGCUUUUGCAAAGACAAGAGACACACGACAAUUCGAUAUACGUCUCCUCGGUGCAAGCUACCUCCUGAACCACCUACGACCAGUCAAGCUCAGGACCAAUUUCACGCAUCGAAGUCCUGUCAGAACGUCACGAAACAGCCUGCUUCGACCCAGCUGUCCCGAGGACCGGGCAAGCGCAUAUUUCUAACCCUAAUCUCAUCGUCUGAGCGAAUUACGACAGUCCUGAUGGCCGACACACAGCCUGCGAGUGAUUCGAACCCCAACAGGGGUAAUCGCAACCGUGGUAGAGGUCGCGGUGGUGGCGGCGGUGGAGGCGGCGGUGGAGGAGGAGCAGGAGCAGGAGCAGGAGGAGGCGGCGGCGGCGGCGGCAACUCUGGAACCCGUAGCAAAGGUAGAGGAGGGCGUGGGAGAGGCGGUGGAAAUGCUGGUGCCGCGUCUCAACCACACGCCUCCAGCGCCCCUCUGUCAGCGCAAACCAAGCCCGACAACAAAGUGCUCACCCGCACCGCCGCCGAAGAUGACGACACGGCCAGCAGCGACGGUGAGGUUUGUUUCAUUUGCGCCGAGCCGAUCAAGUUCCACUCCAUUGCGCCUUGCAACCACAAAACCUGCCACAUCUGUGGUUUGCGCAUGAGGGCUUUAUACAAGACCAAGGACUGCCCCCACUGCCGAACACCCUCCCCCUUUGUCGUGUUUACCGAAGACGCAAACAAGCGGUAUGAAGACUACACCGACGCCGACAUUACGAGUUUCGAUAGCAACAUCGGUAUUCGAUAUACCAAUGAAGAAAUCGUCGGCGAUACCGUGGUUCUGCUUCGUUAUAACUGCCCAGCGGACGAUUGCGUUUUCGCCGGUCUGGGCUGGCCUGAUCUCCACAGACACGUCCGCUCCACUCACCAUAUGAAGAUGUGCGAUCUCUGCACGAGGAACAAGAAGGUCUUUACGCACGAGCAUGAGCUCUUCGCCGACAAGGAGCUCGAGAAGCACAUGAGACACGGCGACGACAGACCAGGUGCCAUUGAUCAGACUGGCUUCAGGGGUCACCCCCUCUGCGGCUUCUGCGGAUCGCGAUUUUACGACGACGAUAAGCUCUUCGACCAUUGCCGCGAGAAGCACGAAAGAUGUUUCAUCUGCGACCGGAGGGACUCGAGACACCCUCAUUAUUUUGUCAACUAUAACGCCUUGGAGAAACAUUUCGACAAGGAUCAUUUUCCGUGCCUAGACAAGGAAUGUUUGGAGAAGAAGUUUGUUGUUUUCGAGUCGGAGAUGGAUCUGAAGGCCCACCAACUUGCCGAACAUGCCAAUUCUUUGUCUAAGGAUGUGCGAAGAGAUGCGAGAGUUGUCAACAUGUCCGGCUUUGACUACAGAUCACCAUAUGAGAACGAAAGACGUGGCGGUGGCGGCGGAGGAGGAGGCGGAGGAGGCAGAGAGGGCGGCGGACCCUCUGGUGGACGUCAAGGGCGCGGACGCGGUCGUGAUCCCAAUGCCGAGCCCAUCCCGCAGAGUUCCGCGCAACCUCUUCGUCGCGAUGAGAUUGCUUUCCAAAGACAGAUGGCGAUCCACUCGGCGCAAUCCGUUUCGAACCGCACCUUUGGCGGAUCGCUCUCCACGCCCUCGACGACAACACCUUCUGCCCCAUCGCGCCGGGGCAAUGCCACACCAACAUCAGGAUCGUCGCGCCAGGCGCCUGCGGCCGCGCCUAGUGCCGUAUCUGCGCCUGCUCUGCCGACUGCCGAGCUUGAGCAGCUCAGCGUCACCGAUAUCGCGUCGCUGCCUCCCCAAGAGCGGGCCGUCAUGUUGCGCCACCAAGGGGUCAUUGAACGGGCCUCGAACCUACUUGGCCACGACCAGACAAAGAUGAACACGUUCCGCGAGUACAUCUCAAAUUUCAGAAAAGGGAAACUCACCGCUCCCCAGCUGGUUGACGCCUUCUUCUCGCUCUUCGCCGACACGUCGUCCAACGCUUUGGGUACGCUGGUUCGCGAGGUUGCCGACUUGUUCGAGGACAAGAACAAGGUCACAGCCCUGCACAAGGCCUGGCAGGACUGGAGAGCCAUCAACGAGGAUUACCCGUCUCUGCCCGGCUUGGGCGGCAUGCACGGUGCCACCACAGCCUCCAGCGGCUGGGCCAGCGCAGCAUCUCCCUCUCCCACCGCACCGGCCGCGGCGCCCAACCAGAAGCACUCGAACCGCGUGCUGCGCCUGAAGAACAGCACUCGCGCCGGCGCCUCCGGACCCAAGCCGGUGACACCGUCGGCUUCAAGCAACUGGGUUGCGUCGUCGCCUGCCGUGCGCCCCCCGGCAUCAUCCGCUUUCCCCGCCCUCCCUGCCGCUUCGUCAUCGUCUUCAUCGUCGAGCGCAGCCCGACCGUCUUGGAUUGGCCCGAACAACCCAUCCUCUACGGCUGGCAGAUCGUCCGGCCCGGCAGGUCCAUCACGCACGGUGCCCGGCGGCCGUCCGCCACCGUCGUCUGCUUUCCCCGCCCUGCCUCCGGCCCAGAAGCCUCUCACGACGAUCUUCGGUUACGGCUCAGGCAGGGGCGUGCGGCGCGAUCUCGGAGGCGCCGCCAGCAACUUCAACUGGGGGUCGGCUCCGGGGAGUGGCGCGGCGAGCGAGAACGCGUCGGAGAAGGAAGACGAGGAGGCCGGCCAGAGCACUGGCGGCAAGAAGAAGAAGGGCAAGAAGGUGCUUGUCCAGUGGGGCUGAGCAGCAGUCAACACGCCGGUAACCAAACAAGAAAGAGUGUGGAGGGAUUUCGUGGAGCGGUCUCAAACAAGACAGGUGUCUGUUUUGAGAGGAAGGAAAAGUUUGCUUCAGAGGUCGGCCACACGUGGCCCUCUGGAGUUUGUAGAAGGGCGACCAAGGAGCGGAAGCAAGAAAAGAUCACGAGAUGAGCAAACUGUAGACCAGAGGACGUAGGGAUGGCAGAGAGAUAGAGCAAAAGUGAAAACACAUGCCGACCUCCAGUGUCGUGGGCAGAUUUGUCUCGUCUGAAAGCGAGAACCU